AUGUGCCGUCCCCACCUGCGGCUAAGGCCCAGAGCGCUGGGCGGCCUCAGGGGUGGUGCGGGCCAGCCCCGGCCGGAUUAGGAGCAGGGCUGGGUUUAGACUGCACAUGAGCUUCGUGAGAUCUGGCGGCUGCCCCACAUUUCAGUGCAAUUCUCAGCUGUGGUCCUGACUCCUGUCAGCCUGGUGCACAUAGGUAGGUGCCCUUUACGUGGAGGGCAGGCAGCCUCUGCGGUGGAACUCCCGGAGAGGAUGGUGACUCCCUGGCGCUUCUCUGUCCGGGUCUGCUUGUCACACCUCCGGGGUUUUGAGCUCAGAAAGGAACUCAGUCUUUUAAGACCCUCUGGACGAAAUUCCAGACUGUGUUGGCUUCUGCUUGGCACUUUGCCCAAAUUCGUCUCAGUCUGUGGGGACAUUGGUGACGGGGUCCCUGAGCCCUUGUGUCAGCGAAGGGCCAGCUGGGGUGAACUGGCUGAAAAUGGGCCCCUGGAAAGAGUCCCCCACGAGGGGCGGCUCGGCUGCCUCCUUCUGUACCUCCGGAUUGGGCUCCGGGCUGGGGCUCUCUUGGUGAAAUUCUUCCCCCUCCUUCUACUCUACCCUCUCACCUACCUGGCUCCCAGCAUCUCCAGCCUCUGGCUCCACCUGCUUCUGAAAGCCACCGAGACCUCAGGCCCAACGUAUAUCAAACUGGGCCAGUGGGCCAGCACCCGGCGAGACCUUUUCUCAGAGGCUUUCUGUGCCCAGUUCUCCAAGCUGCAUGUCCGGGUGACCCCACACCCUUGGAUCCACACUGAGCACAUCCUGCAGCAGGCCUUUGGGGAGGACUGGGGGAAGGUCCUGUGCUUUGAGAAGCAGGAACCUGUGGGCUCAGGCUGCGUGGCCCAAGUGUACAAAGCACGUGCCAAUCCUGCCUUCCUGGAGAAUGACAGCAUCCAGAGACUUGCCAAGGCCUCCAGGCUUCGGCCUUGUUCAGAUGCCCGUGGGGGGCUGGGAGAGCUCUUUGGACACCUGGAGAAGGAGUGGGGAUCUCAAGGAAGUCUUGCUGACCAGUCGUUUCUAGAAAAGCUGCUUCUCCCUCAAGCUGACCUGGUUGGAUCAGACGCAGUUGUGUCUCAGGCUUCGGCACCUGCCCACCUACCUGAACCACAUCACCUCAUCCCGGUGGCAGUGAAAGUAUUGCACCCUGGCCUGCUCUCUCAGGUGAGAAUGGACCUGCUGCUGAUGAAGAUGGGCAGCCAAGUCCUUGCACUUUUGCCAGGAAUCAAGUGGCUUAGCUUGCCUGAGAUAGUGGAGGAAUUUGAGAAGCUCAUGGUCCAACAGAUCGACCUGCGCUACGAAGCUCGGAAUCUCGAGCACUUCCAGUGCAACUUCCUGAACGUGAAGUCUGUCAGAUUCCCCACUCCUCUGCAUCCCUUUGUCACCAGGGAUGUUUUGGUGGAAACAUAUGAAGAGAGUGUGCCCGUGUCCAGUUACCAGCAGGCAGGGAUUCCCGUGGACUUGAAGAGGAAGAUUGCUCGGCUGGGGAUCGACAUGCUCCUGAAGAUGAUAUUUGUGGACAACUUUGUCCAUGCGGACCUUCACCCUGGGAACAUCCUGGUCCAGGGUGCCGAUGGUCUUUCCAAGAGCCAAGAGGCACAGCUGCAGCAGGCGGAUGUUUGUGACACACUGGUGGUGUCCAUGACGCCUGCCCGGUGCCCACUGCGCCUGGUGCUCCUGGAUGCUGGUAUUGUGGCUGAGCUGCGGGCUGCUGAUCUGAGGAACUUCCAUGCAGUCUUCAUGGCCGUGGCAAUGGGGCAGGGCCAAAGAGUGGCUGAGCUCAUCCUGCAUCACGCUCGAGCCAGUGAGUGCAAGGACGUGGAGCGAUUCAAGGCUGAGAUGGCCGCACUAGUAACGCAGGCCAGGAAGAACACUAUCACCCUGGAAAAGCUCCAAGUUUCCAGCCUUCUCUCGAAUGUCUUUAAGUUACUGAUGACUCACAAGGUAAAGCUUGAGAGCAACUUCGCCUCCAUUGUGUUUGCCAUCAUGGUGCUCGAGGGGCUUGGUCGCUCACUGGACCCCAAACUGGACAUCCUGGAGGCAGCCAAGCCCUUCUUGCUGAAAGGGCCAGUGUCUUCCCCCUGACCGGCAGUGGGCAUGCUGCAGGCGUGCAGUGGGCCUUCCUCUCGGAACUGAAGGCUCCUCCCAACAGCCUCUCCUGGGGCAGCGAGAACACUUACAAAUUGGGAUGUGUGGAGGGCAUGCAUUGCUUUUCUCUCUGAUUUGGCUUUAGGCAUCUGUUUAAAUAGCUUUGUGUUACUUGGGGAAGUAAAGGGAGGGAAGGUUCCUAUCUAUCCAGUUGUAGGAGCUGGGCCUGGUGGGAGACUAUUUCAGGGAAAAGGUUCUGUGGAGGACAAAUAAACUCAAAUUAUUUUGUUUUC